AUGCAAGCUGAGAAGGCUGAGAACUUCAAAAUUAAAUGCGAACUGUACAACGGCCUCAGAUGGGUGCAUACACCUCUUGACUCAACCUCGGGACAUAGUGGGCGGGAGCCUACCAUCCUGCACGUAGCCCUUGCCCAGUUCGCGGGUGUCGCGGUGCAAACAGGAUUGGCCGCAGUUCCUUUGCCCCACAUCUCCUCUGGACUCGCUCAUCUCGCAGACAUGAAGGGCUUCGGGAAGGCGCUGGCGCGAACGCCGUUCGCUGUUACUAGCAAGAUUGGAAUGGCGAAGAAGUCGACUGACCCCGAGUUCGACGACUACCAUCGCCAUUUCACUGCACUGGAGCAAGGUGCAGAGAAGCUUAUCAAGGAUAGCAAAGCGUUCUCGGAGGCUGUCACUUCCCUGUUCACUGCUGGAGCUGGCUUUGCUUCCCAUUUCACCGUCAUCCUCCAGCCCAUCGCUGGCGAGUAUGACCUCAUCGGAAAACACCCUGAUGCAGGGCACACAAUUCGCAAUGUGACCAAGUACGAGGCCGCAAUGGCAGAAAUGCGUGAGCUGAUUGGGCCAGAGCUCGAGCUCAUUGACACGCGCAUCGUUGGGCCUGCGAAGGAGUUGCAAGCGGUGAUGAAGACCAUUCGUAAGAGCAUAACGAAGCGCGAGCAUAAAUUGACCGAUUAUGACCGAUUCAACAAUUCGCUCACAAAGCUUCGCGACAAGAAAGACAAAUCGUUGAGCGACGAGAAGAACCUGUUCAAGUUGGAACAAGACUUUGAAAUCGCUACUAAUGAGUACGACUAUAUCAAUAAUGCCCUGAAACAGGAUCUUCCACGCUUUAUGAUGCUGGCCACUCAGUUCAUAGACCCUUUAUUCAACUCUUUCUUCUAUAUGCAACUCAACAUAUUUUAUUUGUUGUUGGAAAAGAUGCAGAGCUUCGCUGAUGAGUCCAAAUAUGAUAUAAGCAACGUGCCAGGGGCCCAGAUUGCUCAAGAGUAUGAAGAGAAGAGGACUGAUGCCUGGAGUAUCAUCGAAAACUUGGGGAUCAUCAAACGGAUUGUAUCAGUUUCCAGACUAGUUCAACAAACGCGUGCACAGAACAACCAGACCAUGCUUGGGCGUGCAGGAUCUGUCGCAACAACGGCUUCUGGUUCUUCGAGCCUGAAGACAGCACCUCCGCCAUCUCGUUCUGUGUCAGCAUCAUACAAGAAGGCUCCUGCUCCUCCUGCGUCACUCUCAUCGCAAGGUGCAGCCCCACCUCCAUACACCCCCUCAGCAAGCGGUGUAGCAGCUGCGUCAGCAGCAGCAACAAAGCGUGCCCCACCUCCCCCUCCGCCUUUGAAGCCGAAGCCGAAGCCUCCUGCGCCCCAAAUCAGAUAUGUUGUUGCUUUGUAUGAUUUCGCUGCCCAGGCGGACGGAGAUUUAUCGUUCAACGCGGGAGAUAGGAUCGAGCUGGUGCAGAAAACGGAAAGCGCUGAGGACUGGUGGACAGGCCGUAUAAACGGGCAGCAAGGAGUGUUCCCAGGAAACUAUGUGCAGGAGACGUAG